AGUAGCGAGGGGUUGGAUUUUCGCUGCCGGGUGAAAUUCGCAUUCCAUGAAGAUGCUGCUGGACCUGUCGGAGGAACAUAAGGAGCACCUGGCCUUCCUUCCUGGAGUGGACCGCGCGGUGGUCGCCGAGUUUGGCCGGAUUGCGGUGGAGUUUCUGAGACGAGGUUCAAACCCCAAGAUCUACGAAGGCGCGGCUAGAAAGCUCAGUGUGAGUAGUGACAUCGUCCAGCAUGGUAUAGAAGGAUUAACAUACCUCCUGACUGAGAGCUCAAAGCUCAUGAUUUCUGAACUGGAUUUCCAAGACUCUGUUUUUGUUCUGGGAUUCUCGGAGGAAUUGAACAGAUUGUUGCUUCAACUUUAUCUAGACAACAGAAAGGAGAUCAGAACUAUUCUAAGUGAAUUGGCACCAGACCUUCCCAGUUACCACAGCCUUGAAUGGAGACUAGAUGUACAGCUUGCAAGCAGAAGUCUCAGACAACAGAUUAAACCAGCAGUGACGAUAAAGCUACACCUUAAUGAGAAUGGCAGUCACACCACCAAAGUUCUGCAGACAGACCCAGCUACCCUGCUCCAUUUGGUUCAGCAACUGGAACAAGCAUUGGAGGAGAUGAAAACAAACCACUGUAGGAGAGUUGUCCGCAACAUCAAAUAGUACCAGUAUUAAGGUUUUAAUUCUUUUAAAACAUUGGUGAAUUCAUAAUAUACAGCAGUUACUUCCCAUAUAUAUGUAUUUUUUAAUUGGUGGUGAUAAAUACAUCUAGUUCAGGUGAAUUUCCUUUCCUGUGCCAGGAUAUUGAGAUCAUGGUCAUAAGCUAA